AUGAAUGAAUUAUAUACCCUGUACGAAGAUAUUGGGGAAAACGAUCAAGUUUUAAUUUCGGGAAAAUUAAGAAAUAUACUUGAUCACUUUCAAAACAAAAAUAAAUAUUAUGUCUCCGAGUUUGUUGUUGUAAGUAGAACAAGGUUUUUUAAAUCUAUUAGCAACUAUGGGGAAUUCUUGUUGUUGCAAUCAUCUUCCAGAGUAAUAAACAAUUAUGAACAUAUUUUACGACUUUUACAUAAAGCGAAAGUGUAUUUAGAACUUGCCAGAUGCUUAAAAUUUAGUGGAUGUAAUAUAAAUAAAAACAAAAAAUGCGAAGAGGAUAUUUUAAAAUAUAUUAAUUAUUUAGAAUCUAAGAAAAAGAAACAUUAUUACCAUAUUUAUGGAACGCUAAUAAAAUUUAUUAUUACAUCUCUUAAAAAAAGUGAUAGUUCUGUAGAAAAUAAAUCAGACAUUGUUGAAUUGGAAAAACAUGUUAAUUUGGAUAUUUCUGAAAAAAAUAGUAGUAAAAACGAUGAUCAAGCUCAUGAUUUUACCAUAAAGGAAGCACAUAAAUUGAAAGAUAAUGAGGAUUCAUGGGAUAAAAAUUAUAUUGAUGAAAAAAGUAUCAUUGAGCCCUUUGAUGAGCUGGAAGAAUAUGGAGAUUAUCUGUACAAUGUGUUGAAUCAAAUGGAUAGCAUAUCAUGGGAAGGUAAAAAAUAUGAAGAAUAUCUAAAAAUGAUUAGUUUAAAUGAUUCAAUCAUUAAUUAUGAAAACGAAAAAGCAAAAAAUUCAGAAAAAUCUAGUUUCACGAACAUUCCAAAGGCCACAAACAAUAUUAUUUUGUUACCAAAAUAUUUAGAAAAUGUAAGAAAUUCUAUAUAUAAUCAUCAGAAUAAAUCAACAAUGGAAGUGAAAUCUAUGAUUGAGCAUGCAAUGAGUGAUCAUAUGAAAGCUCCCUUGUUUAAAACGGGAAAAAUAAUGAGCGAAAUGCUCCCCUCUCCAGAUUAUGAAAAGUAUUGGUCCAUUACAAAAUCUUUUUUUUCAAGUAAAUUGGAUGAUACUUCCAUACUGCAAGACAUGGUAUUCAAAAUUUUUAACUUAAAUAAAAAUCAAUCAAGUGCUAAUGCAUCUCCGUCAAAUAUAUAUAGUGUUAACUAUAAUGAUAUUUUUAAAAUUAUAUUAAAAGGAAUAUAUCCAAUUAAAAAUGAAAAUGAGGAAAUAUAUAUAUUUCUGAGACAGAUAUUGAAUAAGACAAAAAAAAAAUUUUCCCACAUGUUCAAUAAAGAAUUAGCAGAUGCACAAUUCAAUCCAAAUGAUAAGUUGAAUUAUACUUUCCUUCCAUUGCACAUGUACAAUAAUUCUAGUGACAUCUGUAGAGAAAUAUUAAAAUAUGCCAUUUGUAAUAAGGACUUAGUACUUACACUUAAAAUAGUCGACACCAUCUUAUCAAUAGCAAUAUACGAGAACUCUUUAAAAGAUUUGGUUCAUUUCUUAAACACAUUGGCAGAGUAUAUAAUUAUACCCUACUUAAGAUGGGAAAUAAGAUCAUGUUGCAAAAAGGUUUGUGAUGAUAGAGAUAUUAUCAGUUGCAACAAAUCUGAGGACAAAAAUGAUUAUAACGAAUUAAAUGUUGAAAAUAGUAACAAUGAAUUUUGUACAAAUUACAUAAAUUUUAACAAAUUAAUGUGCAAAAUUCCUUUGCAUGAAUAUGAAUCAUUGAAACUUUUAGAAUUAUUUUCAUUUCAAUAUCCUAUGUUUUUAAAAAUAAAUAAUAAUCCCCAAAGGUGCCUAAAGGAUAUCCCGAAACCUUGUGAAUAUUCAAGUAACAUGUUACCUACAUAUGGAUCAUACAUAUUUCAAAUGGUCGUUUCUUUUGAAAUUGAUAAUUCCAUAAAGGUAUUAGAUGAACUUGGAUCAAAAUGUAAAAUAAUGUUUCAGCUAGUGGAAGACGACGAAAAUGAAGAAAACAAUACAAAUGAUAUUUCAGAUGAAAAUAUAAGCAAAAAUAAGGAAUUCAACUUUUUAGAAAUUAAUUUUCAACAUAAUCAUAUGUUCACGAAAUUGAUUAAGGGUUCUGUUUCAGAAUCUUUCAUGAAGGUAAAGGAUGUUACUGAAAGAGAAACAAAUGAUAAAUCAACUAAGAUAUCUAAUGUAGACAAUAGCGAACUUAACACAAAUCAGCAUAAUUCUACGAUCAGCAGCGAAAUCAUGAAUCAUGAAAAAAUUAAGAACAAGGAGAAAAAUGCGAAUAAACUUAUAAAUGUUUAUGAUAUAACAAACAUGAACACAAUUGUAUUUGAUGUAUUGAUUGAUCAAGGAUGCUACAUGAAUGAUGGUAAUACUCAUGAUUUUCAAAAUGAUCAUGGUAAAAUAAUCAUCUAUUCAAAUGGAAGACAUCUAUUAUCCACUAGUAUAAAAAAAAAUUCUGCGCUGGACAAUAUCACAUUAUUAAAUAAUAACAUAAAACUGAAAGUAUACACAUCGCGUACAUGUAUUUUUGAAUUCCCAAAAGAGUGCUCCUGGUCAUCGGCAUUUGUCGACGAAUUAGUAAAUAGAAAAUUAAUUCCAGAUAUAAAUAGAAAUUUUCUCCUCAGAAAUCCACUUAAUAUAAUUGAACUUUAUAACAAGAUAUCAAUUGCGUUAAAUCGCUAUAUGUACCGUUUUUGUGAUUGGAUUGAUGACGAUUAUAAGAAAAUAAUUGAAAAGGAAACAUCAUAUACAUUGUAUAACAGCAUAGAUAUUUAUACUUUUGAAUCGUUGAUUAAAUAUAUAGAAAAUAAUAAUAAAAUUUUGAAAAAAUUGUCUACUCUAACCAAAAGGUGCAUAACUGGAAAAACACUUAGUCCGAUUGAUGACAAGAAUAGAAAAGAGAUUUAUGUGGAACAUAAUGUAAAUCAAUCUAAUAAUUGUGUCACAAAAUAUCAAGAAUAUAUUUACGAAUGGAACAUGAUAUCGGAUUCUCAAAUAUGUACAUUAAGCAUUUUAAAACUAUAUUUAAAGGAAAACAUGGACAUACAAAAUAGUAGAAUAGAAAAUAAUGAAAAUUUCUAUUCCUUAUCUGAAAGAUUGAUAAUAUCAUUUUUGAAAAUAAUUAAACUAAAGACUCCGUUUAUAAGAAUGGACGGUUAUUACGUAAGCAAGAAUCACCAAAUGGAAGAACUAGACCUGAAUGGAAGUUUAUGGUUACUAAGGAGAAAUGUGUUUCAAACACUUCUAGAGGCCGAUAAAAUUAUUAUAAGCAAUAUUUUCAUGAGAAUUCACAUCGAUACCAUUUUAAAUUUACUUAAAAUUUUUUCGGAUAAUAAUACACUUGAUUCGCAAAUGAUAUUGAAAUUAUUAAAAUCUCUGGAACAUAAAGGAAUUUUAGAAAUAAUGAUGAAACGCAUGUUAUGUUCACCAUAUCAAAGUUGCUCUGAAGGUUUUUAUAAAAAGGCUGACCUACACUCAACUGGCAACGAUGUAAAUUCACAGAGUAUGAAUACAUAUACAUUUUCCUCAGCGUCCUCGAAUUCUACUAUUUAUAACAUAAGCGUCGACAAUUUAAAUGAGAUUAGUACAAACAAUAAUAGAGAAGAAAGAAGAAAGAAACGAAAAUAUUAUGAAGAAAAUAAACAUGAAAUAGAAAGAUAUGAAAAAAGAAAAAAAAAUAUAAAGUCUAGAAUAAUAGAUACUACACAUUUUGGUAUUUUUGUGGAAGAAUUAAUUUCCCUCAUAAAUCAUCAAACAAAUAAUGCAAUUAGCAUGCCUUCUGUUCAACACAAUGAGGAAAAUGAUUUUUUAAUGGAAAAUAAAUCAUGCGAUAUUAUUCAUAAAUUAUGCACCUUUUAUGAAGAUGAAUGGAGAAAUGAGGAUUGCAUAAAUUAUAAUUACCUAGACUUUUGUAUAAAAGCACUUAAUCAAAUGAAACAUAAAAAUAAUCAAGUAAGCAGUGCGGGUGAGGUGGCAUCUAUUUUUUUGAGAGGUAUUGUAUUGAUGCUUACAACCUAUAUAUUAACUAUAGCAACGGAAUAUGAAACUACAAAAUCGUUUUUAUAUCAACCCGUUAUUCCGUUUUACAACACAUAUGAUGAAAUGUCCAGAAGAAGAUCUGAUGAUAAAAAACAGAGUAUUAUUAAACAGUUAAAAAAUGCAAAUUCUUUAAAAUCAGAAGUAGAACAAGUGGAAGACUAUGGGGAUAAUGAAAAAUCUAGCCAUCAGGACUCCCGGCCAAACGGUUCCAGCAUAUCGCCCACCUUAAAAAAUGAUUUCUUUGAUAACUUCAGUAAUGAUAUGGAGGAUAUAAGCAGCUGUAACAGUAAGCGCUCCAGUUAUUAUUUCCACAAUUCUUCAUUAGACACAGAAAAUAAACUUUUUCUAAUGUAUGAAAAGUAUGGAAAAAAAAAAAAGUCAUGGAUACCCCUAGUUACUAGUAAAAACCAAGGUUUUAUUGAUGAUUCAGUAUCCCAUUCUGAUGAUUCUGGUUCAUACAUAUAUAUGAAUAAAAACGAAUUGUCAGAUUUCAUUCAAACUAGUUUAGAAAGUAUAAAUGAUGAAAACACGGAAGCAACUAUAAACCAGAAAAAACUUAUCGAAUCACAAAAUAGCAAGACUAUGUAUACCCAUUUGCAUGAAUAUUAUUACAAUUCGGAUGAAUCUGAAGAGUUUUACAUUAGAAAGAAUUUAGAGGAUUUUUAUGAAAAAAAUAAAGUUUCAAGCAAUUUUAAAACGCAUUUGAAUGGCAUAAUGUAUAAAUUUUCCAAAAAAAAAAAAUACAUUAAAAAUGGAAAGAAACUUAAAAAUUUAAAAAAAAGGAUAAUGAAAUAUAAAAAUGAUUCGAAAAAAUUGAAUUUUAUUUUUUUAUUUUUGGAAGAAAUAUUAAAAAUAAUGUUAGGUGUAGGUCUCCGUGUUUUAUCCAGUAUUUCCUAUCAUUAUCUGUAUGAAAAAAAUGGCAUAUAUAAAUUUAUUUACAUAUUUGGAUCGAAUGUUGCGGGAAAUGACGUCAAUGAAGAAACAUCAUUUCUUGAAUUAUGUGAAAAUAUGAUAAAACCGAAAAGUUUAACAUUGUUGCAAGCAUGUAAUUUUAUCAUAAGUGGAAUAAUACCGUGUUUAGGAUAUGUUACCAAUCUUUUUGUUGAUAAGAAGAGCAAUCGAUAUUCCUACAUAAAAGAGUUGAAAAAUUAUUUAUCGUUAAAAAUGGCUUUAAACAUAUGGCCUAUGUUUCUAAAAAUAACUUUACAAGGGUUAUUGACAUCUAGACACUUGUCUUUCGAAAUGUCAGUUCACAAGGAUACUUUGUAUCCUAUCUCCGAGUGCUGUCUAAGUAUUACGAGUUUAGCAACACACUUUUUAACAUUCUUUACCAUCAUGUCAGAUAAUUUGAGCAAAUAUGAAAUAUAUGUAAAUAUGAGAAAAAGCCUUAAAAACUCGAACCCUUAUCCUAUACCGUUGAUUUUAAUUAAUGCUGCAAAAUAUAUCCGUAUUUCAUCAAAGAGGAAUAAAUAUUAUGACUUUGAAAGGGCCAUAAGAACUAUUUUAUUACAGCUUACAGAUUGUUCCAUUUGUGAUUAUGAAAAUUACCUUUUCAAUCACUACAUAAUUCCGCAGAGCAUUUCUAGCUUUUUAUCUGCAACGAAAUCUAUAAAAGAAGAAGAAGAAAUAAUUAAUGAAGGAUCACACAAUAGUAUAUUCAUAAAUAAUUGUAACAAUGAAAUGAAUACAAGUGAAAUUCAAUCAUUGGAAAAAUCAGAUGAUAAAACAUAUAAAUUCUUUCAUGAAUCGAAGGAGGGUAUUUGUCCAAAUAACUUUCAAAAGGAAACGCUAAAAUACAGAAAAAAAUCAAUGAGAGAAUCAACAGCAAGUAAAAAUAUUAACAUGUUUAGGAAAACAAAUAUUGAAUUUUUAAAGAAGCUAAUGAAUAAUGACGUAGAAGCUGUUAAAGAUUUAGGAUCGUUUUAUAAAGUGUUUCACAAGAAUUUUGAAAGAGUUCAAAUAGGACUUGUCGCUGUAUUUUUGCACCUGAUUGGAUAUAAUCAUAACAUAAAAAGAAAUAUUGAAUAUGAUUCUCAGAAUAUGUGUAGUAAUGAAAAAAAGGGAUGUUCAAAUAUUAAUGAAGCCUUAGAAAUUAAGAAAAUAUCAAUAGCAUGUAAUUUAUCUAGGCAAGGUGUAAUUGAUCUAAUCUCGAAAAGUCAAAUAGAGCAUCAAAAAAAAAGUAUGGAUUGUGAAUUUUCAUCAAAAUCGAAAAAUAGUGAUGAUAAAAAGAAUGAUAAAAGUAUGGAGUUCCUAGAAUCAUACAACAGAGCAGCUGAUGAGGUGGAUACAAAAUAUGAUCUAAAUAAUCAUUCGAAAUAUAUUCAAUAUGGAAAACAAGGGAGUAUUAAUUCUACAUGUAGUGAGGCGCAAAAUGAUUUCCCAGUUGGUGUGGAUAUAAAAGAAAAUGGACAACAACAAUUGUCUGAAGCUGAUCAAGAAGGUUUUAUUUCUGGCAAUCUAAGCAAUGAGGAAUUAAAUUAUCUAAACGAUGUUUUCCCUAAUGCGGAAAAGUGUAGUAAUAUAAGUAGUGAAUUAACCACAUUGGAUUUAAUAAAAAAAAAAAGAGAAAAACAAAUUGAUAAAAUAUUAAAAAAAUGUGAAUGGAUUAUGAAUACAUAUCCACAUGGUUUAUGUCCGAUAGUUAUAAAAGAUAAUUUUUCUCAAGAAUGGGAUGAACAUUUUGUGUUUAUGAGAAGAAAUUCGUAUGAUAUACCUAUUACAGCUAGGAAAAUAUAUGCAGAUCGCAGUGACUGCUACUUAGUACAAGAAGCUGCUACAAUGCCAACAUUUUCAAUCUCGUUAAAAACGAAUGUUUCUUCCUUAAGUUAUUUUGACCAUGUACUUAGACACCCAAAUAAAACAGAUGAAAAACUGGAAUGCAUGCAAUUUAGCACAGAAAACAUUUUUGGUAAAGGGAGUACGAAGAAUUUGUGCCUUUUAAAAAGGUUAUUAAAAACAUAUAAAAAAAGAAUUAUUUUGAAGGAGACAAAUAAUGGAGAAAAUGAAAAAGAACAAAAUAAAUACAUAUGUAAUAGGAGAACGAGGAAUUUUUCUAACAGUUGCCUAAGUUGUGAUAGUGGAAAUCUUCUCAAUGAUGAAUCGAAUUUUUACAUGAAUUAUAACUUUCCUGAGAAAAAUACUGGUAACUCGAAUAAUACAGGUAUAAUAAAAUACAAUAGUAAUAAUAAGAAUAAUAUAAAUUAUUCACGACGUGGAUUAUGGUUAAAUGGUCUCUUAACUAAAAAUAACAGUUUUCAAAAUGGAUAUGACCUUGUUGCACCAUCAGAAGAAUUGAACUCUAGCAUUGUAAAUUCUAAAUCAGAUUUCAAUUUUUUUUCUCCAAAAUCUUUUGAUGAAAAUGAUUUUAUAAAUAAAAGUAUUAACAACAUCAGCAAAUAUGAUAACAGUAUUAGUUACAUUACAAAAUACACCAACUCUAUGUUGGAUUAUGAUGAAAAUAUAUCCGAUUAUAAUUUGUCCGAAAUGAAUAAUAAAUUUCGUGGGAUUAUAAAAUCGCAAAAUACAUGUUCUGUAAAUAAGUAUGGCUUUAUAUGUGCAUAUGAUGAAAUGAAGAACGAAGAAGAACCACACACAAAAAAAGGUUUUCCAUCGUUUGACUAUUUUAAAAAUCAUAUUUCAUCAGUUCAUGCUAAUGAUACAGACACAGGCAUAAAUGUAAGCAUACUGGAACAGAGUGUUGAAUCUAAGGAUUUAUUACAGUUAAAAGAAAUACUAAAUUUUUUAAUUAACGACACGGAAUUAGAAACUGUUUUAAAUCUCAUAAGAAUAGAACAACUAACUACCCUAUGUAGAUAUUUAAUUAGUAGGAGCUUAAAAUCAAUGCUUUGUGCAGGAAUCUUAGGGGGAAUUAAAAAUCCAAUAAUAAAUGUAAGCAACAAUAAUAAUGUUUGCCCAAAUAAGAGAUCAAAGAAGGGAUAUAACUCCAAUUCGGAUGAUAUUAAAAAAAAGAAAAAGAGUAACUGUAAUGACAAAGUAAUGGAUAGAAACCAUCUCUCUAACAGUGCAAAUUAUAAUAAGAUGGAUAAUAGUAACAUUGGAAAAGACAAUGUAAUUGGUAAUGAUAGAAAUAGCCAAGUCAUGUCAGACGGAAAGCAUCGUUAUACAGAAUCACAUAUACAAAACGGAAAUGGAAAAGAUAAAGGGAUUUCGUUUUAUAAAAAAAACAGAUAUAUCGCUCUAUGUUAUAAUAACAAAUCAAACCUUUCCGUUGAUCAAGGGAUAUAUAAAAAAUUUGAAUUAAACAAAAAGUAUAGUAAAGAUGAUAUAAGAAAAAAAGGUAUAUUUGAGCAAUGGAGACAAAAAUCUUCCAAAGGUAUGCAGUGGCCUGCUAUAUUAGAUUUGCUUGUUCCAUCUACUAGUAGAGUUAUAUAUAAUGAAGAAAAUAAAAUAAUUUCCGAUGUUGAAGCAUCUUUAUUUUCUGUGCAGAAUCAUGGAUGGAUGCUUUUGAAAUUAUUGCAUAUUAUAACUAUAAAAUUUCGGAAUAUUUCUCCUUUGAAAAAUAUUAUUACCCAGAUGAAUGAAAAUAGUAAGAAUAGCAAUUUCCAAGGCAACAGAAAGAACGAUAAUUUGAAAAAUCAGUUUUCAUAUCAUUAUUGGUUUACACAACCGAUGGAUCAUGCUAUUUCAUUUACCCUAACCGAUAUUACCAAAAGUAUAUGCACAUGGUAUUUGAGAUACAAUCGUAAAAUAUUAAUGAAUUCAUCUAGUUUUUCACAAAUUAUAAAAAAUUCAAUGAACACACUAUGGAUUGAAAGUGUGUUACGAUUAAUAGCUUUACAAAUAUGUUUAAGAGUAAAACCUUUGGAUGAUAGUAGAUAUGUAGUCCCUUUCUUGUAUCAUAUGCUAACAAUUUGCCAACCAUUACUUCGAGAAGUUCAUAUAAAUAGUGACAAUUUGAAGAAAAAACAUUUAGUAGGAAACAAAAGGUCAAUUUCUAUGGACCCAAAUAAUUCUCAUUUCGAUGUCAUUUGUUCUCAUUGUCACAAAUCCAUAAUAGCAUCUUCUAAAAAUGUAAAUCCCAAAAUAUUUUCUAUUGGAAGAAAUAUAAAAAAUAUUAGAAAAGUCAAUUCCAGUGAAAUAACCUACAGCAAGAGAGCUUGCAAUACUAGUGAAGAAACUCAAAACCUUUUUGGUGUAAAGGGAUAUAUACAUUCUGAACACAUACAAGAAAAAAAUAAAAGAAUAAAACAAAGGAUAUUACUAGUGGAAAAUUAUAAUUCUUCAGAACAUGAAGUAAUGCUUGACAAUGUAAUUACAGGUAUCGUUAUUUAUCACGAAGCUGUUAAAGACAAUACAUCAAUAAAUAAAAAAAUGCUUUUACAAAAUUUAAAAGGUUUUAAAAAAAAAAAAGAGUAUACACAUGAAAAUAAAUAUUGGGCAUUAUGCACACAGGAGUACAACGACGCACCCAAAUAUAGUCUACCUUUAAGGAAUUUGAAUAAAUCUGUAAAACAUACGAACGUAAAUAUUUUCCAAAAUACGCAUAAAUCUAUGGAAUCGUGUUAUUGGUUUAUUAGUGGCGAUCCUGUUUAUAAUAUAUACGGAAAUGCUAAAGGUGUAUCAGAUGUACAGUUAGAAAUAUGCGUGAAUAAAAAUUAUGAUACAUCUGUGAGGUCGUUCCUUAAAAAGAACAAUUUUGAAUUGGAGCUUUCUUUUAACACAGAUGUGAAUGAUGUGGCAAAUAUAUGGGUUAAAAGGAAAUCAAUCAUUAUAAAUAAGGAGUUAAUUGAGUACUCUGACCCAUUUACAACUAGUUCCAUAGCCAAUUCAUCAAGAAAGGAAAUGUUAUCUGAAAAAAAAAAUGAUGUAAAAAAAGAUAAAAAUAGCAAAAAAGAGAAUCAUGAUAUUGAAUUGAAUAACGCAAUGGGUGAAAUUCGAUUUCAGAAUUACCAAAACCAACAGUACACUUCAGAAAACAAUUCCCAGUGCAAAAAGAUUUUCUCUGAUUACGACACUUCAAAUGACAAAAAUGAGUGCUCGCAGAGAGGUGUACACUCUGAUAACUGUAGAGCCAUUAACAACAUAAAUUCUGAUAAUAAUGAUAAUUUGAAUUAUAAAAAACUGAAAUUAAUAAGCUGGAAUUUGAUAACAACGAUUUUAUGGGGAAUAUUAGUAUCCGGUGAAAAUGCUGAAAGUGAGAGCUCGGAUCAAGUCGUUACUGAAAGUAGCACCAAAUAUAUUAGGAAUAAUGUGAGUAAUAACAUACAGGAAUAUAUAAAUGAUGAAUACAAUUACAAACACAAUUACAAUGAUUAUAAGUCUCAAUUUCAUUCACUUCAAAGAAAGAAUCUCAUAGAAUCCGUGUUAAAAAUGAUUAUGUCUGCUUUGAUAAAACUAUGCAACAUUGUGAAAUUAUACAAUUACUUGACCAAAAAUCAAACAGGUUCUCUUUAUAUUACUAUUAAUAAUACGAAAAUAACUAAAAAACAUGUGAAAGAUUGUGAAAAAAUGAUUAUCGAUUUUAUGCAUGCAUUGAUAAAGUGUGUUCAGAAUUCUCCAACAGGGGCGGUGAUACUUCUUAAGUGCUUCUUAUUCGGUCAGGAUAAUCCCACAUAUCGCUUUAAAAAAUUAUGUAAGCUUAAUAUAAAUGGCAAUUUUUAUAGAUUAAUAACGGAAUGUAUUAAAAAAGCCCCAAAUAACGCGGAUGACAUCACCUGUUUUUUCCAUAAUUAUUUUGCUAAAACAAUUAUAAAUAGUAAUAGCAUGGAUCAAGAGAAUUAUACAAAAAAUUAUGCUAGAAAGAUUAAAAAUGAUACGGUUGUUUCACGAAUAGAUAAAAUGGACAACGCAACCGAUAAUAAUGCAGCUCCAUAUUCUAAGGGAAAUGUUAAUAAUGGUGGCUAUAGAAGACCUGAAGAAACCAAUAUGAAGAUAUCUAAUUUUUUCUUUAAAAAUUAUGAUACCAAUGUUAAGAAAAAUUACAAACAGAGCAAAAUACAUGGAUAUUUUCUUCUAAGAUGCUUACCACCAAUAAAGAUGUUUCCAAAUCAGUUAAUUAUACAAGAAAUUAAUAAGUUUUUUGAUAAUGAAAUUAGCUUUAAAAGUGAAAAUAAUGAUUCUAAAUCUAAAAAAUGUGAAGAUAAAAAAGGACCAAGUAGUAUUAACGAAACGUGUCAAAAUGAUGAAUUGUCAAUAAGUUCAAGCUCGAAGGAGCAUAUUUCUUCUAAUUACCAAAUGGACAUAAAUACAGGAAAUAAUGAAGGAAAUUCUCAAUGUAAUAGCAUUAAUGAUAUAUUGGGAUUAUUACCAAGGAUAUCAUAUGGGAAUCAUCCUUUUGACGAAUUACCACAAUCUGAAUUUUUCAUGUCAAGUAGACCCUCAGAAGAUUUUGAAGCGAAUAUGGAAAACAGAACAUUGAGAGUAUUACGUGGUUUAAACUUAGGCGGCGUUGUUUUAUGCCUAGCUCCACUCACAUUCCCGGCUUUAAAUAUUGGACCAAAUGAAGUACAUGAUAUAAUUAAUUUUCGAAUUCAAACAAGAGGGCGUUUUGGAGUGACAGUUGCACCAGCAGAAUGUGUUUUAUCCAAUGUAUCUGAAGUAUUUGAUAGAAAUGAUGUUGUUGGAUUUCGAACAAGUAUGUGUCCUCCAUUUAGACAUGAUGUAUUUGCAGCGAAUGUACAAUACGAGUUAGGAGAUUUAUUAAGUGUAAAAUUUAAUGUAGAGGAUCAGCAGAAUCAAAAAUGCUUGAGAACAGAACUAAUGGUUUCAGGUGUUAGCAUUGGAUCCGUUCUUGAAGUUUUAUUUGAAGCGGAUUCACAAGUAGAAUUUGAAAGGAGAAUGAAUUUAAUAUUUAUUUUUCAAGAUCCUAUGACAAUUGUAUAUGAGGGUCCAUCUUUUACUAUGGAAUAUGUAGACCCAAGCACCAAAAAAUCUAGAAACAUUGGAAACAAUAUAGAGAACUCGGAUGAAGAAUAUUUAAAUGAAUUCUAUGCAAUUGAUGGAUGUAACAAGAAAAAUAUAAAAAAACAACUAAAAAAAAUAAAACUAAAAAAAAAAGAGUUCUAUGAAUCAGUAAAGUUAUAUCAGGCCAUUCUCGAUUCGGACAAUGAGAUAUUAAAAGAUUUAAAACACGAAGUUAUAAUAAGAAUGAAUACAACAUUGACUAAUAUAGCAUCAAAUUUGAGAAUGUAUUCAACAAAUUAUUCGGAUCUAGAAAUGGAAAUGGGGCACCACACACAUAUUAGCAAUUCUUAUAAGUCGAAUACACGAAAAUUGACAUUAUUAAAUACGCAGUCGCACGAGGAAAUAAGAAAUAAUGCAACAUUAAAUAUUGGUAAGAAUAAAUUAUUGCUAGAUAAGAGAAAUAAGAAAAAUAUACAUAAGAAAAUGCACAAUUCUAUUUUUGUUAAUACACAUAAAAAUAAUUUACCAGAAUAUAAUUUUAAAAGAAUAUAUGAUAAAAAAGAAGGUUUUACAUAUUCAGAUCAGAGCAUGCUUAACAUAAUCCAUUGCAAGGGGGGCAUGAACAAACCAGGUAAUGAACAUAACGAUGUGAAUUCAAAUGAAUUAUGGAAUAGUAAAUCAGAAAAUGGAAAAUUAUUUAAUGAAAUAAGUGAUAAAACGGGUUGUAUGAAUCAAAAUUCAUCUAUCCAUGGAAUUGUAUAUAAAAAGGCGAAGCCUGGUUUAGAUAUAUAUAAAUCCAUUAGAGAAGUUUUGUCCAUAAUAUGUAUAUUGGGAUUAAAUGUAAAUCCAGAGAAGAAAGAAAAAAAUCAAGCUAAAAAUCAGGAUGAUAAGAAUUCCUCUAUUGAUGAACUACCAUGGUUGUCAAGUUUAUCAGAACUACAAAAUUCAGUGGCAUAUAGUUUGGAUAAAAAAUGCAUUGAAUUGUUUUUUUGCAAUUUAGUAGAUAUUAUAUGUAGUGAUAUUUUUCGUAAUGCCAUUUUUAAUUUUGUAGCGAACAAACUACACAACAAGGAGGAAGGUAUGUAUAAGGAGAAACAAGAUGUGAAUGGAUUAAAAAGUAGUAAAAAAGUUAAAAAAAUAUUUAGAAAUAUAAGAGAAUUUGAAUAUAAACAAGUUUUAGAAGAAGAAUCGAAUACACACAGUCAGAAAAAUAUAAAUAACAAAAAUAGAGCUGCUAACACAAAUACGUUAAAUGAGAACAAUUCAAAUAAGAAUGGUUGUACGAAUAAUAGUGUUUCCUCAGGCAAUGCAAACAACAAAAAUGACAAUUAUUUAAUGAAUUCAAUUUUUAUUGAGGAAAAUGGAUCAUUAGAAGAGAAGGAAGGAAGUGAAUUAUAUAUAAAUAAUCCAGAAUGUUUUAUUAAGAAGGAUAAUGCAGAGGACGGAAGUUUAGAAAACAAAGGAUUAAAUUCAAAAAUUAUUUCCUUUGAAGAUAAAAUGAAAAAAAAUUCUUUUUUAGAAUCUAGUUUAUGUUUAAUUGGCACCAAGGCCAUUAUGUGUUGUUGUAUUUUAUUGAGAACAUUGCUAGAAAUGAACCCCGAUGGAUUUUAUGAACCAGAUGAAAAUGUGUAUGGAUCCUUUAAAAAAUUACUAAAAUUUAUUAAGGUUUUUUUCUUUUUAGAUAUAGGUAUAAGUGACAUUCUAUCAGUAUACUUUGCGAAAAAGAACUUUAUGAACAUAGAACAUCUUUUUACCAAGUGUAAAAAUGAGGGAUCCACAAAUAUGUAUACUUAUUCUACCUCCUUUGUUGAAUGUUUUGCAAAUCAAUCAGAUAAUGAAAAAAAUAAAUUGUCCCCUGAUGAUUCAAAAGAAGCCAAUUUUACAUCUUUUUACGAAAAGAAUGAAAAAAACAAUAUUGAUAAGGAAGGGGUAAAGAAUGAAGAAGUAAACUUGCAGGAAAUAUUAUCCAUUUGUGGAGUACCAUCAGAUUUUUUCCAUUAUUUUAAUAUAUCAACUCCAAAAAUUAAGAAUCAGCAAGUGAUUACGCAAAAUGAUACGUUCGAUUUAUGGAUUUACAUUCUGAAUCUUUUAAUAUGUUUUAAUAGUCAAAAUAGAUAUUCCUUAUGUUUCCCACAUUGUUUUAAUCAGUUGAAUAAUGGUUGUGUAAAAAAUUCCCUUUUCGAUUUUGAAUAUUCAAAUUCGUAUUUUUCUAACAAAAUAGUGCGUAAAACAGUAAAAUUAUUUGCAGGAUGGUUACUAAAAAAAAAUUUAAUUGAUAUAAGUUGUGUUAUGGCAUCGUUACUACCAAAGUUGUUUAUAGAACAGUUAAAAACAAGCUUAAUAAAAAUAAAUGAAAAUGUGAGAAAUGAAGAAAAAAUAAGUAAUGUCUACAAAGACAGCCAUGAUUAUACAGGGAACACCUUUCUUCCACGCAAUAAUACUGUCAUGAAAGUAAUAAACAUGAAAAGAAAUAAGAAAAGUAAAAUAUUUUAUAAUGAAUCAAGUGACGAUAAGAUCAAUAAAAUGUUUAAUAAUGCUCCAAAUGAUAGAUUAUUCGAUUCAUUUGAUGAGAAAGUAGAAAGAGAAAAUAACAAUCAUGAUUUCGAUUACAACAAUAUGGAUCAAAAUAAGCAUGAAAUUUUAUGGCAUAAUGAUGAUUAUUAUGAUGGCAAGGAUGAACAUGACCAAGGUCAUAAGGAGGAAUGUUUAAAUGCCAAAAAAGCACAUUACAACAACAUGAGAAGAAGUAAAAAAAUAAAUAAUAUAUAUCAGUUAAUGGAUUCUGGAUUAAAGAAUAGAGAAGAAAUGUUAAAUAUAUUUAGUAUCAUUUAUCUUUUCCGAAUAUGCAUUUACUAUCUAAGUAGAAGCAAGGACAUUAGAAAAGAGGAUUACUGGCAAGAAUUUCAGGGGCAAAUUAGAAACUCUAAGGUAAAACAAAAUGUAUAUAACCUACUUAAUGAAAAAAGUUCCAAAUGCUCCCUACUCUAUGGAUGGCAGAGAAUAUUCUAUCAAUGCGUAAUUACUUGGGAUGAUAAAAAAUUAGUGGAUCAACUAUUACAUAUAAUUCAGUCUGAAUUGUUAUAUCAUUUAAUAGGCUCUAUUGCUCAAAGUAGAUCACAAAAUAGAGUAAAAGUGGAAAUGUUUUAUGCUAUUUCACCUUCUGUUCAUGUUGCACAUUGGAUGUUAGAUACGUUUGUAAGACAUCCUUUAUGCCCAUCAAAAAUAAGAGCAUGUUGCAUUACUCCUAUAACGGUUACUUCCCUAUUUGGAUUAAUUAUGAAUGGAAACCGAUUACCUAUAUUUAUUGGCAUAGAUGCAUGCAGAUUAGUUUACUGGUCAUGUGUAGUUUACAUAUUGCAAAAUAGUAGGACUCAUAAGAAAUUUAAGAAAUUACAAGACAUAGAUAUGUUAAGACAGUUUAGUAUUGAAAUUGAAACCAAGGAAUGUGAUAAUGAUUUGAAAAAUAAUGAAUAUAAUAAUUAUUUAUCAAAAAAAAAUGAAAGAUACACUAGGAUAAGGGAAAAUUAUAAAAGAGUGAAAUGUAACUAUCAUGCAUUUUUAUGCUAUCUCUUUCAUUGUGUACAUAUUUGUGGAUCUUCAAUUUUUAGUCAAAUUUUAAGUAUGAAUAAUGAAAAUACUUAUAAAAAUGGAAAUAAUAAUAUGAACAAGACGACAGAUAUUAACAAUGACAAUAUUAGAAAUAAUAAUGAGCAUGUUAACAAUAUUAUAGAUAACUUAAACAAUAAUAUUAACGAUAUUCUAAGUUGCAUACAAAAUUCUGCGAACAACAGAGUUGGAAAUAACAAUUUCCAUGGAAUUAGCAGUGUAAGUAAUGAAACUAUUUACAAUUUAAAUACAACAAAUAGAGGUAGUGCAAACACGUCUUCAAACAAUAUUCAAAAUAAUACUAUGCAAGAAAACACAGAAACCGUUAAUUCUUGUAAUAAUGGCAACACUUCAGUAGAUCCAAACCCAUUAUACAUAAAUACAACCGUGGCAAGUACCAAAAAUGAGAAAAAAUCAUCACAUAAUUUCUCAAAUUUUGAUCUGUUUGAAAAUAAAGAAAAAGGUACUUAUAACCCCUUGAAAAUUAAUGCUUCAUUACUUGUUCAUUAUUUCGCAUGUGCUGCAUAUUACAUUAAAAAGGUCGAUAUAUAUAAUAACAUGAAUAAUUACCAAGACAAUGUCCAUAAUAACUUUAAUCAAUAUUGCUUAUAUUUAUACGUGGUUGAUCAUAUAUCAAAAAUAUAUUCAAAAAAUAUAAGGCGAAAUAAUAGACAAAUGGAAUAUUCGAACACUGAUGAACUAAAUAAUAGUGGCGCUUCCAAUUCGAAUAUAUUGAAAAAGAACAAAAAUGAGACAUCACAAGAUUUACAUAAUUGGGGAAUUAAAAAAGGCAUAAAAAAUUAUUCUUUACGUAACAAGGAAGACGAAUUGAAAAUAGAUAAUGAAAUAAUCAAAGGAGAAAAAAAUAAGCAUUUAUCAUUUACGGAAAAUAAGAAAAUUGUGAAUUCUAUGUGGAAAAAGAGUUUUUUUAAUGACGCAUUUGAGGGGCAUUAUCCAGAAAUGUUCGUUGAUAAUGUUCUUCAGUUAAAAAAAAAGGUAUCUGCAAAUGUUAUAAUUGAUAUUGAUGAAAAAAUACACUAUAUUUGCUCGCCCAAUGCAGAUGUGGUUAAGCUAAAAAUAAAGGAUAUAAUUCCUAUACCUAAACAAAGAACAAAUCUUUUUUCAUUAAGAAGUAAACAUGCGCAUGCAGAUGCACGCAAUGAUGAGUUGCAUAAAUGUAAUAGCUAUGAGUGUAAUAAUAAUCUAGAAAGAAUAAUACACUUACAUAAAAAGGAACAAGAAGAACUCACGCAUAUUAGCCAAAAGGCAAUUGAACACCCUGUUAUAGUAUUUAGUGCAGAUAAUAAUUUCAAAUACAUUUUACAAGAAAUAAAACAUAGUAAGGUUCAGGAAUUUUUGCAUGUAAAAUCGAAAUCGUUAAGUACAAAUCUAGAUUUCGAAAGCAUAGGAAAAGUUAAUUUAGGUUCCCAUAUUGAAUUAGUUGAUCUAGCAAAUAUUCCGCAUCCACUUAUUUUAAUUGGUGAUUCAGAAUUAUACGCAGGAUCACAUAAUUCUUCAUUUACCAUAUCACUUUUUGUAGAAAAUGAUAAUGGAAAAAAUGUACAUCCAAAUUUCAAUGAUUUCCUAAAUGUAGAAGUAGGAUUGUUAAAUGUUAGUACCAAGUAUAACACAAAUGAUGACGAAAUGGUUAACAAUUUAGAUGAACAAUCAAAUAUUAACGAAUUGAAAAAAUAUAGUAAUUUUAAAAUACCAAUAAAUGGUGUAUUGUGUAAAAAUAACAAGAAUAAAAAAUUACAUAGACUAAGUGAAAAUAACCUAGUUAAUUAUAGCGAUAAUUCAAAACAUGAUGAGGAAGAAGAAAAAAUUUUGAAAUAUUCAUCUUUCUUACCAAAAUGUAUGGAAAAAAAAGUAUACUCAAAAAAAACAAAUAAAAAUGAAUAUAAUUAUGCUCUAAAAAAUGAAUUUACUCAUCCAGAUAAGACUAAACAAAGUGAUAAAAAUUAUGUAGAAUGCCGCACUAAGAACAAAUUACUUAGUGCAAGUAAUAACUAUUCCAUAAAUAAUUAUGAUAAUGAAGAUUCCAAUUAUGAUAAAUAUUUCAUCUCUGAUUCUUAUAAUAAUAUUGAUUAUUCUAAGGCAUUAUCUGACAUGAGCCCUUUGAAUUCCAAUGAAAAUAUUAUACUUGAUAAUUAUGCGUAUAAUAGAGAGAACAGUUCUAUCACAAUGAAUAUUGCAAAUGGUACGGUUAAUGCUAUGGGAUUAUUUUCUGAUAAUUCGGUUGAAAAAAUCAAGUCCUCAUCGAUAAAUAAAAUGUCAACUCCUAUUAAUAUAACUGUGAAGAUUGUUGGAAAGCAAAUACUAUGGUUCUAUAAUGAUACGUUAAUUAUACGAAAUGAGUUCAAUGAGCCAAUGAAAAAUUUUAUACCCCUCAUCAUGGUGUCACCUAUUGUACAACAUAAGAAUUCAAAUGAAUUUUGUAAGAGUAAUUCUAAGUGUUCAGUUCACAUGAAAUUUAUUGAUACUAACGAAAAAGUAUUUGUAUCACCUAUAAAUAGCUUUUAUCUUAAAUUCGAAAAUAUUCAUAAAAUGAAAUAUAGAAAUAAAUGUAUAACAAAUAUGAAUAAAAAUUGGGAAAGCAGUUUAUGGAACUAUACAUGUUUUGUCUUUUCAGAUACCACAGCCAUAAGUGGAACAUCAAAAAAGGUAGUAAAAAAGAAUAGAAUGCCACUAAUAAUAGCACAGCCAGAUAAUGAGAUUUUAAUACAAUAUUAUAACUCCAAGUAUAAUAAUUUUUGUGGAAAUGAUAUCUUCUUCAAUACUUUUUUUUUAACGCCAAAUAUUCAAAUUAAAAGUGAACCAAUCAAUUUUACCAACUUUAUGUAUUGUAAGAAUGUCCAAUGUGACAAAUGGAAAUUCUUAUCUUUAGAAAAUAUUAGAAAUGUAAGGAAUGUAUCAGUCAUAAGUUACUACGGUUUUUUGAACUCAAAUAAAAAAUUCGAAAUAAACAAAAUCGAUUUAGAUGCAGGAAACAAUUGUGAGCACAAGAGUGCAAAAGAAAUUUCAACUAUUCAGAAUAUAUCUAACAUACAGAAAACAUACGCUAAAAUAUUAGAAACAAAUACUAAGAAAGAUAUAGAUAAAGAUAAUUCAAACAUUUCAUUGAAAGUGGAUCUAAAUUUACACAACCAUUUAAAUAGAAUAAAUAAGAAUGAAGAUUCAGGAAUUAAUACAAAAGGCAAUUAUGAUAUUAUACAUAAUUUUUCCAAUACAAAUAAAAACAGAAAUAACGAAAGAAAUAAGAAAGGCUUAAAUACGAACAUAGGUUCGAAAGCAAAUUUUUACAAUUUAAAAGAUGUAAAUAGAACACACUAUACUUCUUACUACAAUGAAUUGAUACCUGAGAAUAAUAAGGGAAUUUUUAUUCAUAGUAACUAUAUCAAUGAUUACUUUACGACAAAUAAUGAUGGUGAUUUACACAUAAAAUACAAACUUCAUAAUUUUCCCAAAAUUAGAAAAGAUUAUUCAUAUAAUGUGAAAUAUAGUUCAAUACAAGAGAUUAAUGACACCUCCACCCAUGGAUGUACCAAAUAUAUAUAUGAUACGAAGAAACAAAGUAUAAAUGACACACAUAGUAGUAAAAAAUAUAUAAAUAAUAACAAAUUAUUAUGCAAAGAUAAUCAUUUAAAUGAUAACAAUUAUUCAUUCAUAAGUAAUACCCAUGAUACAAGUAUUAACAUAAAUGAAAACAAAACAAUGAAUAACUUGUAUGCAUCGAAGAAGAGCAACAACAAUCAAAUGAAUAACCUUGAGAAUUACCAGGAUUACAAAGAAGAUAAUAAUGAUACCUUCAACAAUUAUUCUAUGUAUUACAUAGGAUGCAAAGAAUUUAAACAAUGUAUCGAUUCAUAUGAGUCUCUGUUUCCGGCUAAACAUUUUAUCUUCAAUUGCAUCGUAAAAUUUGUUGAGUGUGAUAACAGGAAUGAUGAUUCUAAUGAGGUCAAUAAUUACGUUGGUAUUUUAUGGGGUGUUUACCGUUGGUUAUGGACCAGUAAUGGAAAAUUCAUAUGUCCUUUGAAACUUCCAUUAUGUGAUUCAGAGCUUCCAUCAGAGAAAAUAGAAGAAUGUGAAAUAGAAGUAAAUAAAUUUAAGUCUAACGAUAAUUUAUGUAUAGAAUUUGAACCAUUGUAUCAAAGCCUAUUUUUUUAUAAAAAUGGAAAAUAUGAAUUUGGUUUUAAAUUUGACACAUUCUACAAUUAUAGAAAUUUUAGAAAUAUCAUGCCAUAUGAAAUAAAUAAGGAAAUAAAAAUAGAAGAUGUUAGAAAUAUAUCUAAAUUUUCUAAAUCUAGUGGUAUGAGUAAUAUAAAUGUUAACGACUUCAGUGGUAUGAAAAAUGGAGACAACAAAUAUAGAAAUGGUAACAAUGAUAAGGGUUCAGUCCAAAAGGACAUGUAUAAAAUACAAAAUGAAAUAGACACAAAAGAUUACAGUGACGAAAUGUCUAUUUCGCAGGUAUAUAUGAAUAACCAAUUAAAUUCAUGCUAUAGUGUUAAAGCGAAUAAUGCAUGUGCACAUGCGAUUUCAAAAAACCACAAGUGUAGUAAAAGAAUAGAUGGCACAAAUAAUGUAAAAAACAAGGAAAAGAAAAAAAAUAAGGAUAUAAAUAAUAGCCAUAAUGAUAUUGCUUAUGAUGAUGUUGCAGAAAGUAACGAAAAUAAAACGGUGAAGCGAAUAAAAAACCAUGUUAGCAUGAUAAAAUUAUACAACUCUUUGAAAUUAAAUGAUUGUGAUAAUGUAUCAUCUAUAUUGAAUUAUAAUCCUGAUUUAUUAGCAAAAUCAGAUGAAACGAAACAGGAAAUAACGUUUGAACAUUAUGAAAUAAAUCAAGAAGAUUAUCCUUAUGAAUUAUUAUCAUCAAUGAAAAAUAUUAUUUAUGAAAAGGAUUUAACUCCAUUGAUGCUAGCUUGUAGAAUUGGAUGUGAAGAAUGUGUACGGAAAAUAAUAGAUAUAGGAAAAGUGAACCCUAAUAAAGCUUGUCAUAAAGCGGAGAAGGAAACCCCCUUAAUGAUUGCAGCACAAUAUGGACAUAGCAGAAUCGUAUGCAUGUUAAUUUGUGUAUAUGGUGUGCAAAUAAAUAAAAAAGAUUCUAAGGGGAAUACAGCUUUGCACAAAGUGCUAUUGAACCCUUGUAAUGAUGAUGGCAGAAAAGAUAUCACACCAAAAAUUGUUCAACUUUUAUUAAAAUUAGGGGCUGAUAUUAGUUUAGUAAACAAGAAAGGUAUAUCUGUGGAAAAUUUAGUACAAAAAAAUCUUAUUAAAAAUAAGAAUGUAGAAAAUAUUUUAAAAAUAUGGAUUAAAUUAUCAUUAAAAAAUAAGAAAGACAAAAAAUGUUAUAUUAAUAAGGAUAUUAUACCUGGUUUACUUUCCAAUUGUUCAAUAGUUGCAGGAUUUCCAAUAUGCAUAAAUAAUUCAACUAAUAAUCUUUCUUCAGUGAAAAUAAACUCAUUUGUUGUAGGUGGAGAAGAAUUAGUUAAUAUGAAACCUUACAAAAAUGUUAAAAGUUAUGAGGACAAAUUGAAUUUUGGGAAUUAUAACCUAAAUUAUAAGGAAUAUAAGAUAAGAAGAACAGAUGAGGAAUAUUACAGUUGUGAUAACUCAUCAAGAUCAAUGUCCAUAUCAAAAUUUUGCCAUGUAGAUAACAAAAUAAAUGGAAAUGAUAAUAAGCAAUAUUUAUCAAAAUGUAAUAAUUUUUCAAAAAAUUCAUCAGACAUGGAAGAGGUGAAGGAAAUUAAUGAUAAAAUUUUGGAAAAUAUAAAUUAUGGCACACAAAUAAAUGAUUUUUCACGGACGAGAGCAAAAAUUAUCGGAAAAGAAAUUAACAAUGAUAAUAUAAAAUUUGAUGAACAAAAAAUUAAAACAGAUUCUACUAAUGACAAAAAUAUGAAUUCAAUCAAGUAUGAAGACGAAAUAAAUUCGUUACAUGAGAAACUUGAUAAGAAGGGAAAUAGAAAUAUUAGCUGCAAGAACAAUAUCAAUACCUCUAUUGAUAAUGACAAAAUAUAUUCACAAAAGGAAAAUAUGAGUGAUAUAAAUAUUUAUGAAAAUGAUAACAUUUUUCCAUCGAUAAAAGGGAAUACAGUGGAUUAUAAAUCUAUUAGUGAUGUGAAAAACAUGAAUGAAAAUUAUACACCUACUGAAGGAAAAGUAGAGGAAGGAAAUAGCCAAAACGAGCAAGAAAAUGAUACCGAUAUCCCCCUAUAUGGAUUAACAGAACAGAACAAAUUAUAUAAGGGAAAAAAUGAUAUAUUCAACUAUUUGAUUGUGCAUUUUCGCAACAGUCGUAAGUAUGAUGAUAGGAAUGUGAAAUUUAUGGAAGAUGAAGAAGAAAAAGCGAUGAAAAAUUAUUUCCUACAAAAGGAAUCAAAUAAUAAGAAUGAAUUUCACUAUGAGGAUAAUAUUGUUACAAACGAAAAUAUAAAAAAUAAAUGUUUUGUAUUUUCCAAUUCGAGGAAUAAUAUAUUCAGUUACCAAGAUUUACAGGGAAGUCUGAUCGAAUUUAUUAACAAAUCAGGUGUCUUUUCGAAUAUAUUUAAGAAUAAUGGAUAUUUAGAUGCAAAAUGUAUACCUAAGCUUGAUGAUCUGAAGAACUCAUUAAUUCAAAUUAAGAAUAAAGAAGAUAUCUUUAAGGCUUUUGACAAUUUUUUAGAAUUAUUUGAUUAUCUAUAUAUUGAUGAAAGAUUAAAACAUUUCCUAAAUAUCGACCUAAGAAAGAACUUAGAAAACUGUCAUAGGUUAAUAGAUUUAGGAUAUAUUCUUUUAAAAGUAGAUAGUUUUUCUAACAUUUUUAAUAGUUUCAGAUUAAAAUGGAAUACUAGUACACAUGAUGAAUGGAAAAAAAAAUUAUUAAAGGGACUUGGAAUUUUCAAUGAAUUUUAUGAUAUAAAAUGGGUAACAGAUUCUUACACAAUUUAUAGAUAUGAAGAAGACAUGAUAGAAUCAGCAUCCCUUAUUGAUAAAGUUAUACAGAAUGGAAACAAUUUAAUAUUUAAUAAAAGCAUAAUAAACAUUAAUGAUGAGAAAAAAAAAAAUUUUAAAAAUAUUAUGUAUCAUUCACAUUUGUUUAAUGAUAUUUUUAAAAAUAUAGAUAAGGAGAAUUUAAAUCGAGAUGCUCUUCUAUACGAUUUCUGCUCUAACAAAAAUAUUUUAAAAGAACAUUUAUUGAAUCAGCAUAACAAAAGGAUAAUGAGCAAUAUUAAUUCCCAUGAAAUUCAUGAAAAAUAUAGGAAUUUCCUGAGUGAAUAUAUUAUAAAUGCUAGUUUGAAUGUAAAUGAAGACAAUUAUUCAGUACAUGGCACAGUGGAGGAUUCUAAUGGAGGAAAGGAAAAGAAAUCUAGAAAAUAUCACACAUACGAUAGAUCAAUGUACAAAAUUAAUUCCAAGCAGUAUACACCACUAUUUAAAUCUUUGAAUGAAAGGUAUAACAACAUGAAUGAUUCAAACAGUGUGGAUAACAACUCAGAGUAUGAGGAUAAUAGGGGCACAAAUUCAAAGGGUAAUAAAUAUGCGAAUGAAUUUAUAAAUACAGCCACGGAUUUAAGUGAAAAUCCAAAUUGUAAUAAAAAUGGAAAUUACGAUAUGAAUGAUAUUCACUACUUGAACAAUGAUGAUACUAGUAGAAGAGGAGAAAAUGAGGAAGACGAAGAAAAAGGAGAAAUGACACACCAUGAUGCUUUAUGCAGAAAUGUGUCAAAUUGUUACAGAAAUAGUAGUAGCAGCAGAAAUGAUUUCACACCAUCUAGUCGGGAAGAUUACAACACGGAACACAGUUUAACAAAACAAAGUUCUACUCCAUCUAUCAAAUUAGACAUUGGAGCAGAUAAUCACAAUAAUAGUAAUACAAAUUCAUCAUUUAAUAGAAAAAAAAGUCAUUUUCUAACUGGGAAACAGCUAAGGAAUGCCUUCAUCAUGACUCAGGGGAGCUAUGAAGAGGAUGAUACAAACAAUAGUUAUAAUAAUGAUGGUUAUAAUAAUGAUGGUUAUGAUAAUGAUGGUCAUCACAAUGAUGAUUGUAAUAAUGAUAGCUGUAAUAAUGAUUGUUGUGAUAAUGGUUACAAUAGUAGCAAAGGGCGUAGUAAUAAUAAUGGACAUAAUACUAAUAGUAGUAAUUUGCAUGCCAUGCAACAACAUUUUCCAGAUAAAGGACUCAAUACGCAUGGUCGCAAGAAUUAUAAAAACAUCCAUGAUGAAGAAGUGCAAAAUAUGAUUCAAUGCAUGUGUAAUAAAACCAAGCAUGAUGUUGUAAAUUAUAAGAACGAAAAUAUUCUUUGUAAAAAAAUAAAUGAUAGAUAUGAUAAGAAGGAAAAACGUUCUACUUUAAAUAAUACUUAUAAGAAGUCGAAAUGGAACACAUUCCUUUUAACAGACAAUUACAAUAAUAAAUUUUUUUUGGAUGGAAGUUUGUUACAAGAUGGGUUUUAUUAUGAUGAAUAUGAAGAAGUGGAAGAUGAAGAACAUGAUUUAAUGUGUGAAUUAGAAUUUAUAUCCAAGCCUCAUGAAAAUGAUAUAAUAAGAGAAGAAUGUAACAAGAUGUGGCCCCACACACUUGAUACAUAUAUACUUCAUAUAUAUGACUUAAUAAGUAGUUAUAUGGAUUCGGCUGAAAAAAUAAGUUUAUUUGUUUAUCAUGCAUUUGAUGUGGAAAAAAUAAAAAAAAAAUUACCAAGUAAAACAUCUCAAUUGUGGAAAAGAAUAAACAUGUCUUUAGAUGAAUUUAUUGAAGAAAUAAAAAAAGUUCAUAAUUUUACUAUGAAAAUUGUAUAUCAAAGCAAUUAUAAAAAAUAUGGAAUGCUUCCACCAAAUUUUAAAAAAUAUUUUGUCCUUUCUGAUGAAUGUAUAAAAUAUAUGGCAAAAAAUAAAAUGGUUAUGACUGUAGAUUAUUAUAAAAACAAUGUGUAUGACAAAAAUAAAAAUUUAUUUUUAAAAAUCAUACAAGAUCGUAUUACACUGUUGAAUAAAUUUAAUACAUACUUUGAAAAUUGCCUACCAAUUACAGCAGUAUUAUUUAACAAACCUGUUAUUCAUUUGGAGGAACAUGGAUUACGAACAUUGGAAUGCCCAUUAUGCUUUUUCAUGAACUCUGAUAAGCACUUACCAUGGAAUGUGAUGAAAGAAAGAAAAAGAAAUACUAAAAAUGGAAAUGCUUAUUUACUAUCUCAUAUCAAAAUCAAAAUAAAUAAGAACGAAGGAAAGAAGAUGUCUAUUCUAGAUGUGAAGAGUUCUAACCAUGAUAAAAUCCUGAACGGCACGGCCAACUGUAGUGUGGAAAAUGUCCAUAAUCAUGCUAGCGAAAGUAGCAGUUUUAGUGAUCUCUAUGAAAAUUCUAGAAGAAAUGGUGAACAUGGAGACGAGGAAGAGCUGAAUAAUUCGAGUUAUUCCAAAGAAAUCAUGAACAACACAACUCCAAAACUGGAAAAUGAUGACAAAAGUAAAUGGAGUAAUAUAGAUAAUUUUGACUUUGAGAAAAAAGAAAAUAACGAUUUGUUAUCCCCCCAAAAUAAGAAUAAUUACGUCAUAGAUGAUGUGACAUCAUUGCACAGAAAUGAUCAUAACUGUAUCAACUGCAUGGAGAACGAUUCCAAGGGACGUAACAAUAGCAUAGGUAAUGAAUUCAUGACUACCAAUUCGGAAAAUGUACAAAGUAUAAAUGAACAUGAUAUAUAUAUUUGUAGUGAUAAAGAAAGCGAAAAAGAAAAUCUAUACGACAAUAGCUCAUUUGCACCCUGUGUAAGUCACUGUAAAAAUAAAUAUGCCUCCAGUAAAAUGGUUUUAGCAAUGGGUUCAUCGGACUUACCUAUACAGUUAUCCUCAUAUUUGUUUGUUAAAAAGGUGCUUAAACAUGAUGCUACCUUAAAAUUAUGGAAAGAAUGUUUGAAAAAUAUUACUUCCUCAAGUACUGAAAAAUCUAAUUUAACAUUACGAAUUGAUAGAGGUAUGGCUGCAACAGCAAAAAGCAUUGUUCAUACUAUGUGGUAUCAAAGCACAUAUUCUUUACUAAAUAUUGAUACAAAUAAACUUAGAGGAAAACCAAGAGAUAGACCAUUUAUGGUAGUAUUUAUAGGAGAAGGUGCAACUGAUUUUGGAGGACCAUUUCAUGAAUUCCUUUCAUCUAUUUCAAGAGAAGUUAUGGGAAAACUGUCAGAUUCUCCUGAUAAAAGUCUACCAAUAUUUCCUUUAUGUAUCCCUUGUCCAAAUUAUACUCAAGCAAUGGGAGGGCGACAAGAUACAGUCAUAAUUAACCCCCAAAGUAGUUCUUACAAUAUAAAUGAAUCAGAAUAUGUUGGUGAAUUAGGAAUUAUCGAUAAUUUAGAAAGUUUUAGAUGGCAGAUAUUACACAUAUAUAAUUCCAUACGACAGAUAAAAAAAAAAUUAGAUAAGUCACAAAAAAAUAUGUGUCAAAAGGACUUCAACAUCAAAGAAGAAAAUAAUUUCCUAGGUGAAGACGAAAGAGGUGACGAGGAAGAUCUUAUGUAUGCAGAAAAUUAUUUGGAAAAUAAUAAGUAUUCAAAUGAAAAAUUUCAAAAGGAAGGCAAUGAAAACCAUUUUAAGAUUAUUAAUAGUGAGAGAAAUGCUAAAAAUUGUAGCAUAAGUUCAAAUGAAAAAGUGGAACAAGUUGCCCAAUCAGACAAUGAGAAAAAUGAAAAGAGUGAAGAUAAAGCUGUAGAUUACGAUUGCAUCAGUUUUAUGGAUAGUUAUGGUGCAAAUACUAACAAUAUUGAUAAUGGUAGCCGAAAGGAUAAUAAUAAUGACAACAACAGAAUCAGAAGCAGCAUCAGUAGCAACAACAGCAGCAGUAACAACAACAACAAUAACAACAGCACGAUGAAUGAUAAAUUACGAAAUAAGAAAAUAUAUUCAAUAAAUGGAUACGAGAAUGUGAAAGAAGAUACGAUGAACAAAGACAAAAUAUACAUAUUCGGCAGUAAAAAAUCUGUUACAUUUGAAAAAAUACAGGAGGAUAAUAAAAUGAAUUUACAUUUAGAUAAUAAAGUUAACAAAAGCCAUUCUUCAUAUGAAAGUUGUAUGUAUGACAGUGAUGUACUUGAAAUUAUUAACAACACAUCAUUGAAAACGAGAAAUGAGUUUCUAAAUAGAGUACUAAAAAAGAAAAAAAGUAAAGAAAAUGAAAGAAUGGUACAUAAAGAAAUGGAGUACAAAAGUCUUAAAUCUGACAAUUUUAAGAAGAAUAACAAAAAACAUAAUGAUUUUAAAAAAAACAAUAUGAAUAUAAAAUAUGAUGAAAAAACAACAAGAGCAAUAGAAUUAGCCAUGUAUGAAUCAUUAGGUAGAGUUAUGGGCAUGUGUAUUUGUAUAGCAUCUGCCUUAAAUAUAUGCUUUAACCCAAUCAUUUGGAAAAAAAUAUGUGGUGCACCAUUAGAACUGCAAGAUCUAUGUGAUUACGAUUUUGUUGCUGUAGAAAUGUUAAAAACCUUGAAAAUGGUAAAUUCUGAAAAGAACAAUGGAUGGAACAUGGAAUUAAAACAAUCAUUAGGAGAUAUUACAUUCAUAACAGAAGAUUCUGGAGGGAAUUCCAUUGAAUUGAUAAGAAAUGGAGCAAAUGUACCAAUCAAUUUUGACAACUUAGAAUUGUUUAUCCGCUUAAUGACCAAAUGUAAAAUGAAUGAAUCAUCCAAAGGACUGAGAUAUUUAUUAAAAGGUUUUAGUUCUGUAAUACCUUUAGGUAGAUUAAGACUACUGUACGAGUUUACAAGUGUUGAACAUAUGGUUUGCGGUGAAAGAGAAAUUAACUUAGAAGUGCUAAAGGCUCACACUUGGUCAAACGAUUUGAAAAUAAAAGACAAGCUCUUUGCUGUAUUGGAGGAAUUUACUAAUGAACAGUUACAAUCAUUCCUCAGAUUUGUUUCAGGACGAUCAAGAUUACCAACAACUAAGAAUGAUUGGUACAUGAUUAUUGAUGUUGAUAACCCGAAUCAUAACAUUAGUCAAAUAGACCAAAGAUUGCCCACGGCUGUCACUUGUGGAUUUCGUUUGUUAUUACCCCAAUACUCGAGCUUAGAUAUUCUGAAAGAGAGACUUUUAUAUGCUAUUAAAAAUUGUACUGCUAUUGAUUUAGAUGCAUAUGUUGUCCACGACCAAAUGCAGUUAAUGUACGGAGAAUAA